UCAGAAUGCGAGGUAACGCCCCGUUAUGGUAAAGCACAGGAAAUCGUUUGAGGGCUCGCAGUUACUGACUUUCUUUAUUAUAGAAAAAGAAGUGAACAGCGAUGGCUUCUGCUUGUUUAAUACUUUUGUUCAACUGCCUUAUGGGGGGCAUAGCUUUCAACAUUGAUGAAAAAAACACCACAAUCUAUGACCUGGAUGGAAAGGACUACUCUGGAUACCAAGUUUUGCAAUACAGAUCAGAAGAUGAGAAAUGGAUUAUUGUCAGUGCGCCACUCGGAAACAAUGGAGCUGGAAAAAUCUACAAAUGUGAUCAUACAAGCUGCACAGCUCUUCCUCUAAAAGAGUCUAAUUAUACCAUCAGAUCCAUUGGAUUAUCUCUGGCAUCAAUGCCAGAGGAGAUUACGGCUUGCGGUGCAGGAAUGGCUUGGGAGUGUGACCAAAAUACACACCUGAAUGGCAUUUGCUACCAGUUCAGCAAAACACUGGAGUUCAGGGAUGAAAUUACACCAGGAUACCAAGAAUGCACCAAAAACCAAGCAGACCUGGUCUUCUUAUUUGAUGGGUCGGAAUCUUUAAAGGCGGAGGAUUUUAAAAUGACCAAAGAAUUUAUCACAGGGAUCAUGGCUAAUCUUUCCAAUACCUCCUUUCAGUUUGCAGCAGUUCAGUUUUCUGAUGAAGCCCGAACAGUUUUCAGUUUUACGGAUUAUGCGAAAAAUGAGUCAAAUAUAAAACUUGAUGCUGAAUCACACAUGCGGGGACUUGGAAACACCUACGAUGCAAUUCAUCAUGCUUUAAAAAAUGUUUUGACUCCAGAAGCCGGUGCAAGGCAAGGUGCCUCUCAGGUUCUGCUCAUCAUUACAGAUGGAAUACCCAAUGACAAUGAUGACUAUGAUAUCAUCAAAACAACUAAGGAAAGAAAAAUCAUCCGUUUUGUCAUUCUGGUGGAGCGCAAGAAGGUUACUGAAAAAGAUUAUGAAAGGAUAAGAAUACUGGCAUCUGACACUGAAAAUAUUUUUUAUGUUAAUAGCUUUACACAACUGACAAGCCUCUUAGAAAAGCUGCAAAAAAAAAUUUAUGACGUUGAAGGUACCAAAAAUGCUCGUAGCAAGAAAUUCACAAAAGAAAUGUCACAGAGUGGCUUCAGUUCUGUAUAUCUUAAGGACAGCUUAGUUUUGGGAUCAGUAGGAUCUGAUGAUUGGCGAGGCUCUCUAACUGAAAUCAAGAUCUCAGGAAGCAAGUAUGAAGAAAUUAAAGACUCAGAAAUGGAGGAGAACUCCUACAUGGGAUACUCAGUGGCGGCAGGAAAGAAAAAUAAUAACGAAGUGUAUUUUACUGGAGCGCCACGAUUUCGCCAUAUAGGGCAAGUUGUAGUGUUUUACAAGGGUAGUACAAAUUGGACAGUGAAAUACAGAGAAACUGGGCAACAGAUUGGUUCAUAUUUUGGAGCAGAGCUGUGUGCUUUAGAUAUAGACUCUGAUGAUGAAACAGACUUUCUUCUGGUGGGGGCACCCCUAUUUCACGAACCUCAAAAGGAGGGCAGAAUGUACGUCUACAGCAUGUCUUCUGAGCUGAAAUUGACCCUACAAAUUAAUGUCUCUGGGACAUCUCUGGGUAGAUUUGCAUUCUCCAUUUCAUCUUUAAAAGAUUUGAAUGGGGAUAAGUUGCAAGAUAUUGCUGUUGGGGCACCUCUAGAAGAUGACCAGAGGGGGGCAGUGUAUAUCUACUUGGGAGACAGAACCAAGGGCAUUCAAACUCAGUUUUUUCAGCGUAUUACAGCCCAGAAGUUGUCUUCUAAACUACAAUUUUUUGGCCUGUCAAUUGAUGGAAAGAUGGACCAGGGAGAUGAUGGACUGACAGACAUUGUGGUUGGAUCAAAAGGGAAUGUUGUAUUGUUAAAGUCCCGGCCAGUUCUAAAAGUAUCAGCCAACGUCACCUUUAGUCCUCCGAAGAUUAGCAGUGAUAGAUUUGUUUGUUUGACUGAAAUGGAGAGCAUAUCUAAUAUAGUAAACUUGACUGUCUGUUUUGAUGUAACUGAGUCCACAGAAAAUGCUAUAGGGGGCGCUUUGCCAUGGAUGAACGUGUCCUAUGAGCUGAAUCUGGACAGUACGAGACUAAGAAGCCGAGCAUUUCUGCACCAUCGUGAUAAAUCAACCAGGAAAGAGCAGAACUGCAUGAAAAUGGAGCUCGGCAUACAGUGCAAAACGCAUCUUGUUUAUAUGCCUAGCUGUGUGAGGGACACUUUGUCACCCAUCUCCAUCAAACUGAACUUCUCCCAGUCCAGAGAUGAAGGGACGGCCAUUCUUGACCCUGAAAGUGUCACUGUGGCUUUACUUGAGAUUCCAUUUCAGAGCAACUGCCAAAAUGCCACAUGCAUCUCAGAUUUGGAGCUGACUUUCAACUUCACAACUCCUAAACUGCUGGUGAUCGACCAGGACUAUUUCAACGUGACAGUGAGCUUGUACAACAGAGGGGAUGACUCCUUCAACACCAGCCUGAUCUUUCGCUAUCCGCCUGGUCUGUCUUUUUCCAAGAUAUCCAUUAUAAAGGAAACAAGGAAAACUCUCACCAACUGCCGCGGCGUGGAUGAUAUGAAUGACAAGACAGAAUGCAGUGUGAGCCGUCCUGUUUACGCAAGCAAAACCAUGGCUGUUUUUCAAACUAUGUUCCGAAUCUCUAAUAAGUACAACUGGAGUGAUGAAAUGGAGAUGGAUAUCACACCUUACAGUGACAAUGGGAAAUCUUCCAAUAACACAGUAACAAAAGGUCUCCAAGUUCAGUAUGGUGUUGACUUUGCAGUCAAAAUUCUUGAUGAAGACUCUGUGAUGUACCUUAAUUUCACUCCAGAUGACAAAGAACCAAAAGUUGCGACUCAUGUUUUUGAGGUAAAGAACUUGGGUGCUAUACCUCUACCAGUCAAUAUUACAUUCAACUUUGUAAGUGAAGCGAGAUACGAUUUUGUGAUGGAAAUUCAUCCCAUCAGUGCCUCUCAGGCAAGAUGUGGAACAAUUGAAGACUCAAACACAGCACAAGCUUGCAAGGGCCCUUGUAAGACAGCCCAGUGUGAAAUCUCCAGUCUUGUGAGAGGUUUGCCAGUUCGGUUUACAGUGACUGCAACAGUGAAAUUUUCUAAUCAAGAGAAAUACCAGGGGACACUAAAUUUUAAUGAACAACGAUUUGAAGUGAAGUUUGUAAGCAAAGCAAAACUCAGCUAUAAUAAUCAGCGAUACGUUCAAAUUUCAAGCAACUCAAGGAGCCAAGAUAACACCAUAAAGUUCCAUGAAGCAGAGAUUAUUUGCCAAGCAGAGAUGAUCAUUCCUCCCAAUAAAGCUUUUAUUGUUGGGGUGGGAGCCGGAGGAGGAUUUAUUCUUCUGAUUGUCAUUGUUCUCAUUCUGUAUAAGUGUGGAUUCUUCAAGCGAAACAAGCCUUCCCUUGAAGACACAGAGCAAACUUGUGAGGAUGUUCAGGCAACUGAAGGUGAAAAAGAGGUUUUCUCUGUGAAUGAGGAGAAUGGUAAGAUGGACACAGCACUCCUCAUAGGCAGUUCUGAAGACAAGACCGCAAAAGAUGAAUCUAACCCAUUGGGUACCAGCUUAGAUAACACUAAAAAUGAAGAAUAAUGAGCUUCUAUGUAUGGGUGACAUAUCAAUUAAAAGUUAGUGGUUAUUUUUUAAACAUCCAUCUAUCUAUUUUCCAAUCCGCUUACCCUUCUGGGUUGCCCGGGGUCCGAGCCUAUCCUGAAAGCUACGGGCACGAGGAAGGGGAACAACCCAAGACAGGGCGCCAGCCCAUCACAGGACACACUCAUACACCAUUCACUCACACAUGCACACCUAUGGGCAAUUUUAUAUAUUUUUUUAAGUAACUCCAGUUAGCCUUAGCAUGUCUUUGAUCUGUGGGGGAGAGACAUUCUUAAUUACUUGUGAUAAUAUUUGGUCUUUGGUGAUAUAUCCACAAAUUUUGUAAAUACUGCAAUAGUAAAAAUUAGGAAGUAUCUAGGUACAUUUGAUUUAAAAGCCUUCUUAAAUGCCAUUUUACCAUUAUAUGUUUUACUUAUUUUUAAGGUCUCUGCCAAUACAGAUUUUAUAUUAAUAUUAUAUUCUAUUAUUGUGAAAGUUUGACAUGAAUAUAUUUUGGUGUAAAUACACUGCUCAAAAAAAUUAAAGGACAUGUCAGGUUUCGCAGGUGCGGACGGGCAGGUAGGUGGGCAGGAGGCAGGGAAGGACGAGGCAGGCAGGUGGAAUAUGGGGAAAACGGGGGUUUUAUUAAGGGGAAGACGGUUACAGGCAGAACAGGGCAUCACGGACAUCAUCUAACAUCUAACAUCAAUGACGGACAAACGGCAGGGCAAGACAUGGACUGAUAUAGAACAAAGACAGGGCGAAAUAACAAAGCACAGCUGGGUAUGCUAAAGGAAGCACAUGUGGAUAAUCAGGGGGGUGAGGCACACACGAGGAUUGUAUGAGCUGGCAUGACAGAAAACACAUCAGAUAUCAAUGGGGAAAAAAUCAUGCUGGAUAUCUAUACUGAUGUAGAUUGGGUAAUGUGUUAGGAAUGAAAGGAUGCCACAUCGUUUGAUGGAAAUGAAAUGAUCAACCUACAGAGGGCUGAGGACACCCCGAAAAUCAAAGUGAAAAAUGAUGCGGCAGGCUAGUCCAUUUUGCUGAAAUUUUAUUACAGUAACUCAGAAUCAUACUCAGUAGUUUAUAUGGCCCCCACGUGGUUGUAUGCAUGCCUGACAAUGUCGGGGCAUGGUCCUAAUGAGACCACGGAUGGUGUCCUGGGGAUCUCCUCUCAGAUCUGGACCACGGUAUCACUGAGCUUCUGGACAGUCUGAGGUGGCAUCGGAUGGACGAAACAUAAUGUCCCAGAGGUGUUCUAUUGGAUUUAGGUCAGGCGAGCGUGGGGGUCAGUCAAUGGUAUCAAUUCCUUCAUCCUCCAGGAACUGCCUACAUGCGCUCUUGCCACAUGAGGCCGGGCAUUGUCGUGUACGAGGAGGAACCCAGGACCCAUUGCACCAGCAUAGGGUCUGACAAUGGGUUCAAGGAUUUUAUUCUGAUACCUAAUGGCAGUCAAGGUGCCGUUGUCUAGAAUGUAGAGGUCUGUGCGUCCCUCCAUGGAUAUUGCUCCCCAGACCAUCACUGACCCACCACAAACAAUGCUGCAGGCAGCAUAACGUUCUCCAUGGCUUCUCCAGACCCUUUCAUGUCUGUCACAUGCUCCGGGUGAACCUGCACUCAUCUGUGAAAAGCGCAGGGUGCCAGUGGCAGACCUCCAAAUUCUGGUAUUCUAUGGAAAAUGCCAAUCGAGCUCCAUGGUGUUGGGCAGUGAGCACAGGGCCCACUAUAGGACAUUGGGCCCUCAAGCCACCCUCAUGAAGUCUGUCUCUGACCAAACAAUCAGAAACAUUCACACCAGUGGCCUGCUGGAGAUAAUUUUGUAGGGCUCCAGCAGUGUUCAUCCUGUUCCUCCUUGCACAAAGGAGCAGAUACUGGUCCUGCUGCUGGGUUAAGGACCUUCUACAGCCCUGUCCAGCUCUCCUUCAGUAUCUGCCUGUCUGCUGGAAUCUCCGCUAUGCCCUUGAGACUGUGCUGGGAGACACAGCAAACCUUCUGGCAAUGGCACGUAUUGAUGCACCAUCCUGGAGGAGUUAGACUUCCUGUGCAACCUUGUAGAGUACAGAUAUCGCCUCAUGCUACCAGUAGUGACACUGACCGUCACCAAAUGCAAAACUCCAGUGGCCUCCACCUGUUAAACCAUUCCUGUUUUGGGGGUCGUCUCAUUGUUGCCCCUUUAGUUCACCUGUUGAUAAUUUCAUUAACACCAAAGCAGCUGAAACUGAUUAACAACCCCCUCUGCUACUUAACUGACCAGAUCAAUAUCCCAGAAGUUUAAUAGACUUGAUGCUAUACUCUGAUUAAAAAGUGUUCCUUAAUUUUUUUUUGCGCAGUGUAGUAUAAAAGUAGUUAAAAAGUAGUAGUAAUAUUGGAAAUAAACUGAAAAUUAUUGUGUAUUAUACUGCAAUUCCUUUAAUCUGCAGUCAUAACUAAAUUGUAUUAAUAAAGAAUUGCCCUGAUCAGGAAUAUGAUUUGUGAAGGAAAGUGUAAAUAUAAAUGAUGAAUGUAUAUGUAAUUAAUAUUUUUCCCUAAAUUAUUUGCAGGGUUUCAAUUUGAUGUGUAUUUCUGAACUGUUUUGUUAGAUGAUGAUAAUGAUAUAAAUAUUAUUGUUGUUUGUUAUUAUAUAACUAAGACUAUAUUUUAAAUUUUACUGAAUUUAACUUUUUUUUCUUUAACAGAAUGUAGUUUCUUUUAAUGGUGAGGUUCAUUUUUGUUUUUAACCAUAAGAAUUGUAUACAAACCAAAACAUAAUAAAACAUGAUAUCAAACCUAA